AUGCCGUCGGCAACAGGCUCGAACUGGGAGAAGUACCAGAAGAAGUUCGCCGACGAUGAGCAGGAGGAGAAGAAGAUCACACCGCUCACAGAUGAGGACAUCCAAGUGCUCAAGACAUACAACAGCGCGCCAUACGCCGAAGCAUUAAAGCAGCUCGAAAAGGCCAUCAAGGACAAGCAGACAUCAGUAAACGAGAAGAUCGGCGUCAAGGAGUCAGAUACCGGUCUUGCGCCACCACAUCUCUGGGACAUUGCGGCCGACCGACAGCGCAUGAGCGAAGAGCAACCGCUACAAGUCGCAAGAUGUACCAAGAUCAUCCCCGACGAGAAGGACAGCGAAAAGAGCAAGUAUGUCAUCAACGUCAAGCAGAUCGCCAAGUUCGUGGUGAACCUGGGUGAGCGCGUGUCUCCCACCGAUAUCGAGGAGGGCAUGCGCGUGGGUGUCGACCGCAACAAGUACCAGAUUAUGCUGCCGCUACCACCGAAGAUCGACCCCAGCGUGACGAUGAUGACGGUUGAGGACAAGCCGGAUGUCACAUACGGAGACGUUGGUGGUUGCAAAGAGCAGAUCGAGAAGCUACGAGAAGUCGUCGAGAUGCCACUUCUAUCACCAGAGCGAUUCGUCAACCUCGGAAUCGAUCCUCCCAAGGGUGCGCUGCUCUACGGUCCACCAGGAACGGGAAAGACACUUUGCGCACGAGCCGUCGCAAACAGGACAGACGCGACCUUCAUCCGUGUUAUUGGUUCCGAGCUGGUCCAGAAAUACGUUGGAGAGGGUGCACGUAUGGUGCGUGAGCUUUUCGAGAUGGCACGGACAAAGAAGGCAUGCAUCAUCUUCUUCGACGAGAUUGAUGCUGUAGGAGGAGCACGUUUCGACGACGGUGCAGGUGGAGACAACGAGGUCCAGAGAACUAUGCUGGAGCUCAUCACACAACUCGACGGUUUCGACAGCAGAGGAAACAUCAAGGUCAUGUUCGCAACAAACAGACCCAGCACACUCGACCCAGCCCUCAUGCGACCCGGCCGAAUAGACCGAAAGAUCGAGUUCGCGUUGCCAGACAUGGAGGGACGUGCUAACAUUCUUCGAAUCCACGCCAAGUCCAUGUCCGUGGAGCGCGAUAUCAGAUGGGAGCUGAUCUCGCGUCUGUGUCCAAACGCGACUGGCGCUGAGUUGCGGUCGGUAGCGACAGAGGCAGGCAUGUUUGCCAUUCGCGCACGAAGAAAGGUCGCUAGCGAGAAGGACUUCCUGAGUGCUGUCGAGAAGGUCAUCCGAGGUGGAACGAAGUUCAGCUCGACUGCAGUGUACGCACAGUACAACUAG